CCGGAAGUUCAUACUGAGGGAGAAAUGAGAUGGGACCUGUUUCUCAACCUCAGGUGAAGUAACCUUGGCUUAAAGUGAAAUACGAAAUAGGAGACCUGUCUUGGUCCCAGGUCUGGGUAGAUGACUUCAGAUGCGUCGUGAUCAUUUAUAUUCUUACAGUUCAUGUUAUAAGGUUUAGAGAAUGCCUAAGAAAGACCCAUGCCAAAAACAAGCCUGCGAAAUUCAGAAAUGUUUACAAGCAAACAAAUACAUCGAGAGCCGCUGCGCGGAUGUGAUCCAGGCGAUGCGCAAGUGUUGCGCAGCACAGGUUGGAAAGGAGUCUGUUUGCUGCUCAGGAUUCAUCAAAGAGCAGGCAGUCCCUGAGCAGAAGAAAUGAUCCACACAUAUCAAACUUCCAUAGCAGAUUCUCGCUACAGAUUUCUGCAUUUUCUGCAAUGUAUAUUCCUGGUUCAUUCAUCGAGAGAAAUAAACCACAUUUAAAAGAGAA